AGUUGAUGUUGUCAGCUAUGGCUUCCCGGCGUGCAGUGUAAGAUUUUCUACAGAAAACAAUUCCAUAGGCUGAGGUUUGACAACACAUCAGAUUAAUGUAACGGUAGUUAAGAAGGUUGUUGUUACUGUAAAGAGUGUUAUAGAAACACGUACAUAUAGGUUAAUAAUCGCCGGAGAAACUGACUUCAAAGAACGCUUCUCUCGUCGGCAAUCUGCCAAAACGACUCCUCAGAAACCCAAUGUACCGACCUGACGCCAAACCAGGCAUCUGACAGCUGCUAACCUGAUGACGCUUCCCUACUGAAGUAAAGCGCCGACAUGACGAGCGUGGGCCGCCUGCCGAGGGGCCCGUGGCGCGGGGGCGGGCGGAUGGCGGCGUGGCUGUGCGGCGCGUUGGUGGUCGGUGCGCUCACCUACAUGUGGCACGGUGCGCACGUGCACCUCGGGGAGCUGCGCGAGGCUGCCAGCAAGUGCAUGCAGCACCAGGAGGUGCUCGCCGCACAGAUGGAAGUGGUGGUGGAGUACAAGCUGAGGCUGGAGAAGUCGCUGCAGCAGGAGAAGAACGACCACCGGCACACGCGCGAGUCGCUGCAGGCGCGCGCCGAGGAGGAGCGGUCGCUGCGUGAGCGGCAGUCGCUCGAGGCGAGCAACCGCUACAGCUCGCUGCAGCAGCAGUACAAGAUCCUGCAGGGCCAGCACGGAGACCUGGAGGAGGAGACGCAGAAGCUGCGUACGGAACGGCUGGAGUGGCUGGAACGCAAGAGCGGCCUGGAGGCGUCGGUGAGCGCGCUGCAGCAGCAGCUGACGCAGCUGCGGGCAUCCAAGGCGGCCGAGCUCCAGGAUCUGAAGACGCAGUUCUCGCGCCUGGAGCAGGAGCACGAGAGCCUGACCAAGCGGCACGGCGAGGCGCUGGCGGAGGUGCGCGCAGGCGCCGCGCGGCUCAAGGAGAAGCAGCGCGACGUCGACCGCCUCUCCCAGGACAGGGAGCUGCUGCAGGAGCGUCUGGCCCAGUGCGAGCACCGGCGGGAGGCGGGCGAGGGUGUGGGCCCCGCCCCGCGAGCUGCACCCUCAGAGCGGGGCGCGCCGCAGCGCCAGGUGUCGACGCGAUCCACGGCGAGCGCGCGCGGCGGGGCGGACCGGCAGGCGCCCGGCGGCGGCGUGGGUGCCAAGCCACCCCCGGCGCCGUCUCCGUCUGCUGCCGUGCCAGUUGUCGCUGCUGCAGAUAAGCAGUCGAAGCCGUCGACGCCGCAGAUCAACCCGAUGGCGGUGCUGAGCCGAGAGAGGGUGGCGCAGCCGGCGGCCGCGGCUCCUCCCCCGCUGCAGCACGAGGGCGAGGGGGAGGCGGAGGCGGACAACGAAGAGCGGGAGCACGCGCCGGCUGCCGACGCCCGGCCGCGACACGAAGAGGAGCCGGCAGCGGGCGAGGACGAGAACGACGAGGGUGGCGGGGUGGGCGUGCACCCCCUGGCGGCGGCCGGCUACCCCUGGCGGCCGCCCUUCAUGCUGGGCCCAGGCCCGCAGCCCAGGAGACCGCAGCCACAGGCGCAGGUGCAGGCGCAGCCGGCCCCACGCGGCCUGCGGCCCCGAGACGGGAGGCGCGAGGAAGCCGAGGAGGAGCCGCUGCAGCAGCAGCAGGAGGAGGAGGACGAGGACGCCGGGGGCGGCGGGGGCGGUGACUACCUGCAGGAGCCGGCGCGCGGGGGCCGCGGCCCGCCCCCGGGCGGGAACGUCGACGCCGCCGUGGACGGGCCGCGGGACGACCCCGCCGCCCUGGAGGAGGGGGAGGAGGAAGAAGAUGACGACAUGGACCACAUCGACUACAACGAGGGUGCCCAGCAGCGACAGGGCGCGAGAGGUGGUGCGGGGCGAGCGGGGGCGCAGCCCGCGGGGGCGGCCGUCGCCGGCGUGCGCGAGCCGCCGCUGCCCGUGGGACCCCGCGACUCCGUCAUGGUCAACCCGAAGAAGUAGGCGACUGCGACUGUGGAGGUGACGGAGGACGUCUCCACGUUUCUGACUGCUAGCCUGAAGAGUGUGAAAUGAGUUUCUGAAUAUUUUUAUAGAACUAUUCCGUGUGUUAAGCUGGUUGUGUGUAGCUGGUCCGUGUUAAGAUAACUGUGAAAUUGAUUCUGUGUAAAAUCAGUUCUUCUAUUUUCCGAGAAAGAGUUUGUCACAGUGCAGGUUGUUGCGGGAGAGGUUCGGUACGGCCAGCCGACUCUCCCGCAGGUGACGGUGGGAACGGUGGCAUACGGACUCUACGCUGCUCCCUAGUUAGCCUCUGGUGGGUUGUGAGGCGUCUCACACAUCGCGCUUUUGUACUCGAGUGGUUUCUUUUGCUUCGGUAUAAAAUUUUCUCGGUGUCCGAGCUGGUUCACGCUCGAACCGAGACUGGAUCUUUCCGUGUGUAUUCGGCAUCCUCACCUCCUGACGAACACGGUGGAGGAUGUAUUCGAAGGCUCAAAUCGGAAGUGGUGUGGCUCGAACACUGAGAAGUCUUCGUGGAGGAUACUGUCACUGCCAGCUUAGGAGCUGAAUCGUUUCGUCUGUGUUUGCGAGCGACACUGGAAAGAAGUGCCAAUAUAGAAGUAAUUAUCUGUGGGUGUUCCUGUCCAUUCUGCAGCUGGUAUUUCAAUGAUCUCACGAAUUAAGUGAAUUUCUUGUUAAUCCAGCACGGAAGACCCUAAUUUUUAACUGAAUCCUCCAUCUGUACGUGUUUCUUUCUCUUAAGAAAACAACAAAAGGGGCAGCGACAGUUGACACUAUUUUUCAUUUUGUACUGUUUUUUGACACAUCUACAAUUUUUGUGUAUUAUAGCUUAUAAGUUUGUGUCAAACAUUUCACAAUUUUGAGCAAAUUAAAGGAUUUGAGCUCAGAAACUAGCCCUUAUUGAGUCUUUGAGUUGUGCAAAUGGGAGUAAGUAAGCCAUUAAUAUUGGUGUGUGUCCUGGGCAGAUGUUUUUGUUACUUACCUUCUUCCCUGGGUUACUUACUACCUUACAUUUCUACUCUACACUGUUUUUCUUGUUACAGGGAUAACUUUCUGACUAACUUUUUGGGCUUCGAGCUCUUGUGUACCGGCCAGACAAACAUAUUUGAGUUGUACCUGUGCACAAAAUCUUACCUCUGUGCCACUGACAUCAACGAAAAUAGAUUCCGACUUCUGUUACCGUCUUCUGAAGAGGGAACGUCGUAAUGGGUUUUGCACUCUGGUGGCAUCUCCUAGGGUUCGGUUCUUUACUUAGACGAGUGUCUACGAUGACAGUCAGUUGUUCUGACUGUAUGUGAUGCUAAGCAGUGUUACCUCAAAUCUUGUUCACCCAUAACUUUCCUGUGUUUUGUGCAACUUGGAAUAUUUCUUGUCGCUCUCUCACAUGUCUUUCUAAAGAACCCUUGUACAGAAUUCCAUUACAAAUACUGCUUUUGCUACUUAUUUCACUUAUUGUUGCUCCAGCUUGUCACCAUAGCUUAUCUGAUCAAAGCCGUAGGUACUUCGAGUAAAGGUGCUUUCCAACGAGUGAAAGUAAUUGUAGGUGGUGCUCUCAAUGGACCACAAACUACUUGAAAAUCAUUAACAAUGGGAACAUUAUGCACUGGUCCUCUUAGAUUUUCUCUGUACUUACUAGAAUUGAAGCUGAGUGUUUGAACAUCAGUUUAAUAAAGCAAUAUGAUAAAACUCUCAAAAGAAUUGAAAAAAUUAACUUUGGAGAAUAUAAGAUUUUGAGCCCAGUCGAGUAUGAAAUGCACUGUCUACUUACACUAAUGUGACCACCUGUCAAAAAUUGAUUGCAAGACGUGCAGGAAAAGAGUCGGUCAGGUUCUGGAAGGUACCGACAGGAAUGUGCAACCGUACCGACUCCAGUGCCGUGUCCAGCUGUUGGCGCGAACAGCCCGAGUGAGGUACUCCCCCAAGUUGUCAAUUGGGUUUAAAUCCAGGGAGUUUGGUGGCCACAGGAGUACGGUAAACUCGCGUCGGUGCUCUCUGGACCAGGUAGGCACACUGCGAGCUGUGUGACGCGUCGCGAUGUCCUGCUGUCCUGAUGCCGUCGUGCUGAGGAAACCCAAAGUACACGUAACUUCUGUCAACCUGUUGCGCCACGAAAACAUUCCCGAGACUGUAAUACUGCUUCCUCUGGCCCGACCCUCCGGACAGUUGUUGUUCGGUGUUUGCGUUCAGACAUUUCACUCUGUAUAUGCUUACGACCAUCUGUCUGUCGGAGCAUAAAACGUGGUUCACCUGGAAAGACCACCUGUCGCCACGCAGUGGGCGUCCAGAUUUAGUGCUAACAGCGAACGGUCACCGAGGAGAUACUGUCGGUAGCCCCUCGGUUCAUCUGGGCAAUCGAUUCCUCGACAUAUAUUCGAAAAGAUUUCGGGCUCGCAGCCGGUCGUCGUUAGCCCCCGUCCACGAUAUUUCGAUUGGACAACUGCCAGCCAUCCUCAAGUGAGCAAUCGAAGACCGAUGAAGACGACCUCCGUUCCGUAAUAUAUAGCGUGCAGCGUGCGUGCGUCAAAAUCGUAUGGACAGACAAACCGCACCGCCCACCAGCAGCGCCCUCGCUGGUGGAACUGCAGAACUCGGCUGUCUUCGGCGUUGUCCAUUGCCGCGGCCAUCGGAGUACUCUGACGUCUUCGUCUGGAGCAGAUCUCAGAGAUGACGGGCUUCCACGCAUUAUCUAGCUGGUAGCCAUUGUGGCGGUUGAUAAGAUUGUCUGUCAUGCGAAUUUCCACCGAUUCUUUUAUGACGGAGUCCCAAAAGGGUGUCGAUGUGGCCAAAAUUGUUGUCUUGUCGUACUCCAUUCGUCAGUCUUCGACGGCUCACCUGAGAAUGGCUGGCAGUUGUCCGGUCGAAAUAUCGCGGAUGGGAGCUAACGACGAGCGGCUGCGAGCCCGAAAUCUUUUCGAAUAUCG